AUGAGUCGUUCUCUAAAAAUAUUCCUGAGAAUAAUACAUCGGAGAUUGUACGGAAGAUGUGAGGAUGCCAUGAGUGACACACAGUUUAGAUUUAGACAGGGGUUAGGCAACAGGGAAGCACUGGCCGCGACGAAGAUAUUAGUACAGAACUGCUACGACCAGCGAAAGAAUGCCUGUCUAUGUUUUAUAGAUUACGAAAAAGCUUUCGAUAGCGUUCAACAUCAUAAACUUAUGCAGCUUCUCAGGAGAUUGGAUUUAGACCAGAAAGACAUCCGAUGUAUCGAAAACCUAUACUCGCACCAAUCAGCACGGGUAAAAUUCAUAGAACGAGUCGAAAAAUUCAAGUACCUGGGAGCUUGGCUUCACGAGGACUGGUCAUCUAACAGGGACAUUAAGUACAGAAUCGAGGAAGCCCGGGGCGCAUUCCUGAAAUUUAAAAAAGUAUUCACCUGUAGCGAUUUCGACCUUGAGCUUCGGUUGAGAUUUGUGGAAUGCUACGUCUGGUCGGUACUCCUCUACGGCGUGGAGAGUUGGACACUAAAAGCAAGUGCCAUAAACAGACUGGAAGCUUUCGAAAUGUGGAUAUACCGCAGAAUCCUCAAGAUACCAUGGACGGCCAAGAUAAGAAACGAGGAUGUACUAAGACGUAUUAAUAGAGUUCACGUUCUCUCUUCAAUACUAUAA